AUGAGUCCGAGGGAGGAGGCUGAAAAAUUAAGGCGUCAAGUAGAAGAAUUGUUGGCGAAAAGAUAUAUCCGCGAGAGCAUGAGCCAAUGCGCGGUCCGAGCCUUAUUGACACCAAUGAAAGAUGGCACUUGGCACAUGUGUGUGGACAGCCAGGCCAUCAAUAAAAUCACUAUUAGGUAUAGAUUCCCUAUUCCUCGAAUAGAUGAUCUGCUUCACCAGAUUAGCGAGGCUACGGUGUUCACGCGCCUAGACUUGAAGAGCGGCAUCAUGGCACCGUUGACUGAGUGCAUGAAGAGUAGCAAAUUUACAUGGACUGUAGACGGCGAGGCUGCUUUCCGGUUGAUGAAGGACCGCUUGACCACCGCCCCUAUCUUGGCAUUUUUUGAAUUCACCCACCCAUUUGAGCUGCACAUAGACAUGUCCAAGGUGGGCAUUGGAGGUGUCCUGAGCCAGCAAGGGUGGCCUGUUGCAUUUUUAGAGUUCAUUCUGUACACAGACCACGCCGCCCUACGACCUAUACAUCAACAAGAUAAGGUGUCAUCUCGCUAUGGACAAUGGAUGAACUUCCUGGAUGAGUUUACUUUUUUUGUGAAUCACAAAGCAGUGGUCUCUAACCGUGUGGCGGACGCACUCAGUAGGCGAAGCAAUCUUCUAGUCACAUUGCAAGUCGAGGUACCUGGUUUUGACUCUUUUCAUGAUUUGUUUGUGACUGACCCAUAUUUCUCGGAGAUCCUCCUAGAUGUACUGCUCCAGGAUGGUUUCUUGUUCUAG